AUGACAGUUUUGGAAACUCUUCAAACGCAAUUGCUAACCAACCCACUGAAUUGGUUCCUUUCCGCGUUUCUAUUGUAUGUUGUUCGCGCAUAUUUUACACCAACACCUCAUCACCUUCCAGUUCCUAAACACCCGGAAGUCACCGUGUUUCGGGAAUACACUCCGAAACAGUUACGAGAGUUCGAUGGGAGUACUUUGCAGACAAAGAUUUAUAUGGGAGUGUGUGGUAAAGUUUAUGAUGUGACAAAAGGACGUAAUUUCUAUGGACCCGACGGCCCAUACGGAAACUUUGCAGGUCGUGAUGCAUCGCGUGGUCUAGCAAAAAACUCUUUUGAUAUGGAAAUGCUUACGCCUGUCGACCAACCAAUUGACACACUGGAAGAUUUAACGCGUGAAGAACUCGAAAGCCUCCGAGACUGGCAUGCGCAUUUCGAAGGAAAAUAUGAGUGUGUGGGAAAAUUGGUCAACGAGGAACGAAGUCCGGUGGAUCCGAGUUUUCAGUGGUCCGGAAAAUAA